CUUUCCGGACUCAAUUAGAUGUUGUACCAGUCUGGUUACCCUGGUAACAGGCGUCGCGGUUUGUCAAGAAACAGAGGGAAGAGACUUAAGAGGCCUAUUCAUCUCAAUCAUGGAGUCAUCCUCGAAGGGUCUGCUCACCCAAGUUACUCAAUUCUGGAACCUCCUAGAUGAUCUGGCUGAAAGUAACCCUGAGAGCUAUGAGAAGUUCAUUCAACAGCAGCUGAAAGAGGGGAAACAGCUCUGUGCUGCCCCAGAACCACAGCUCUGUCUACAAACCAGGAUCCUGAAACCGAAAGAAAAAAUACUUUUUAUCAACCUAUGUCAGUGGAAAAGGAUCCCAGCUCCCCAGUCAGCCACUCAUCCAGUACCUCUAAGUGUUGGCAGACCAGAAGAUAUGUCUGAGACAUCAGAUGUUUACACAGUCAUUGAUGUUGCCUACCAUCCUGAUGUUCUCCAGGCAGCAGAAAAAGACCAAGUGAAAAAAGAUCAACUAAUACUGAUGGCCAUGAAAUGCAUUGAGGAAAAACUCCAAUUCACUCUCUCAAACUCUUACCAUGUUACCAAAUUUAGAAUAAAAGGAAGUGUUCACAGAAUGAAACAAAAUCUGAUGGGAAUCCAAACUGAUCCCACAGAUUUAAGAGAGAAAAUGAGAAAGGAACUAACCCUUGAACAGAUAAGAAGCAGUACUGUGAGCAAUUCAGAUCAGUUUCCUCAACUUUUACUGCCAAAAGACGAAGUUUCAAGUAAAACAAGGUGUCUGAUAGAAGAGAUUUCUAGUACAGAGAUUGAAGUGGAGAUGAAGAGACCAGCCUAUGAAUUAAAAAUUGUGGCAGAUCAGAAUGAGAGACCUCUGAAAAUUGAAUUAAAAGUUGAACUACCUGGUAUUAAUUCAGUAUCUCUCUGUGACCUUAGUGUUUCUGAGGAUGACUUAUUGAUCGAGGUUUCUGAGUACAGAUUACAUCUGAAUCUUCCAGAAUCUGUGGAUGCUCAAAUGACUACAGCAAAAUUUAUCAAAGAGAAAGCUACAUUAAUUGUCACAAUGCCAUUGGUGUAA